AUGAACGGCCAGUGGCAGGGCCAGGCUAGUGUUGCCAUGUUGGAAUACACUGUGGGCCUCGGUCGCUCGUUAGCCUUGGCAUCUACCUCACUGGACAUGCCCCAGGCUAUACCACCUACCAAGGAUGUACAGCAACUGGCAGACGUGUACACCACCUACCAAGGAUCCGCCCACAGCCCCUCACCAGCCGCCCACAGCCGCUCACAGCCCCUCCUAGCCGUCCACAGCCCCUCACCAGCAGCCCACAGCCCCCACCAGCCACCCAGCCGUCCAGCCCCUCGCCAGCGUCCACAGCCCUUCACCAGCCGCCCAGCCCUUCACCAGCCGUCCACAGCCCUUCACCAGCCGCCCACAGCCCUCACCAGCCGUCCACAGCCCUUCACCAGUCGCCCACAGUUCUCACCAGCCGUCCACACACCAGCCGCCCACAGCCCUCACCUGCCGCCCACAGCCCUCACCAGCCGUCCACAGCCCUUCACCAGCCGCCCACAGUUCAUCACCAGCCCACAGCCCUUCACCAGCCGCCCACAGCCCUUCUACAGCCGCCGAAAGCCCCUCACCAGCCGUCCACAGCCCUUCACCAGCCGCCCACAGUUCCUCACUAGUCGUCCACAGCCCUUCACCAGCCCCUCACCAGCCGUCCACAGGCCCCUCACUAGCCGCCCACAGCCCCCCCUCGCUAGUCACCCACAACCUCCUCACCAGCAGUCCACAGCCCCGCACCAGCCGCCCACAGUCACUCGCCAACCGCCCACAGCCCCUCACCAGCCACCCAAAGUCCCUAACCAGUCCUUUACCAACCGCCCACCUGUCUUUCACCAGCCGCCCACCUGUCCCUCAUCCGCCCACCUGUCCCUCACCAACCGUCACCAGCCAACGAAAGACAAAGCUAAGGUGUAA